AUGUCGCGCCGGAGCAGCAGCAUGACGGAGUCGGAGCUGUCGGACGAGGAGGCGGAGGCGCCCGGCCUGGAGCUGGAGGACAGCAGCAGCGACGGCGGGAAGGAGUCUCCUCCGCACGCCGGCGAGGGUCUGAGCGAGGGCUCGCCGGGCGGGGCCCGGGACCCCGGGGCCGGGAAGAGGAGGAGCCGGCCGGCGCGCUCCAAGGCCCGGCGCGUGGCGGCUAACGUGCGCGAGCGCAAGCGCAUCCUGGACUACAACCAGGCCUUCAACGCCCUGCGCUCCGCCCUGCGGCACGACCUGAGCGGCAAGCGGCUCUCCAAGAUCGCCACGCUGCGGCGCGCCAUCAACCGCAUCUCCUCGCUGUCCGUCUUCCUGCGCGCCCACCCCCCGCCGCUCUGCGCCCCCCUGGAGGGCCGCGGCCAGCCGGACGCGCCCGGGCCCCGGGCCGAGACGGAGAGCGGAUUCCCCGGACUGGCUGAGGGCUACCUGCUCCGGCACCCGCCCGCCGCCCACCCCCACCCCCACAGCUCCAUGCCCAGGGAGCCCCCGCUCUACCCGGCCGACCCCUCUGGACCCCCGGGGGCCCCUCCUUCACCUCAUUACGCCCACUUCCCCGCGGACGCCCAGCUCUUCGCCCCACACGAACGAUACCCCGGCCCCAGGGACGAGCUCCACAGCCCCCCCCUCUACGCCGUGGGCUGCGGCGGGGGGGCCGGGUACCAGUUUGGGGUCCGGGCCUCUUGUCACCAGAACCACAUGGACACCUUCGCGGACGGCCACCCCACGCUCCCGCUCUCCUGGCAGCUGGGCUAUAUACAGGGGGGGGGCGGGUUCCUGCAGGGGGGGUCCGGCUUCCAGCAGUCCCUCAGCAUGCACUGA